AAUAGGCUAUUUAUAUCUUAAAUUGGAUUGAAAGAAUAUAUAUAGAAAGGUGUACAUGCUGUACAGUAAACGUUGUCAUGGAGUAUUCGUUUAAGAUAGUGAUCGGAUGUAGCAAAUAAAGCUACAAAGACAUUUUGCUCUAAAGAUGGAUUUGCAAAAGCUGUUUAUUCUAUUUUUACUGCUGUUCAGUGUUAUCACCUUGCUUCUAUACAUCAAUUCGAGAUCUGACAAUGUAACAAUUAGCUCCCAAGGGCUUCCUGAAAUUGCUAAUGACACACGAAAGAACAAUUUCAUUUCAAUUAUAGAGGACAACGUUUCAAGGAAUAAGAAUGGUUCACCAGAUUCAAAUACAUUUAAUAUGAAUGUUAAUGUAAAUGUAACUCUUAAUGACUUAUCCAAUACAGUAAACGCUAUUCUGCAUCACUUGGAAACAGUUCAAGGUAAAAGAACAUUUGUCACGAAUGAGGUUAAAGAAAAAAUAGACGCAGCUGUUACAACAUCUGAUAUGAAGAAAAAUGAAGGAUACAGUAAACUAUCAACAGAAGUAAAGUAUAUAUUGACAUUGUUUUCGACUUGGAGAAAGGUGAACGAAACUAAAUACAUACACAGAAAAACGUUGAGAAACUGGGCCAGUUUUAAACCAUCUGUGAAUGUUAUCGUUUUCACCGACGAUGUUGAUGUUGCCAAUAAAGCCAAAGCAUUCGGAUGCCAAGUGUUAAAAGUCCCCAAAACGACUUCAAGUGGAUUGCCAAUUUUGAAGCAUAUGUAUCUAGAAGCCAUGCGAUAUUCAGACUCAUACUUUUACGGAUUUGCUAAUUCAGACAUAUUAUUUACAGAUGGGUUAUUGUUAACUCUUCUGACAUUAACGUAUAAAAUGAGGGACAUGUUCAUUUCAAGUCCAAUUUUAGUGACAGGAAAUAGGUGGAAUGUGCCAAACAUUACAGAAAAUGAGAUCUCGAGACGUAAAGACAUCGAGGAGAUAAUAAAGCAUAGAGGCAGCUUCUUUAUGACUUCGGCUGAAGAGUAUUUUAUAACAAGUUACAAUUACCCUUGGAGAGACAUACCUGACCUGGCAAUCGGAGUGGUUGCAUACGAUAAUUGGUUGGUUAUGAAUGCAAGAAUAAAAGGCCAUUAUACUAUAGAUACAACAAAGACAAUACUUGCUUUACACCAAGACCUGGAUAAAUACUAUUACAGUUCUCACUUUCGGAACGAAUCCGCAUAUAACGAAAACCUGUUAAAUAAUUUGUACCAGAAAGAAAUACCAUACCAUAAAGGUUAUGCAAACUGUAUUGAACUGUACACUGACUUUUCAAAUGAUUCCGUCGUUAUAGAAAAACGUAAUGUUGACAAGUAUUGUAAUGAAUAAUGCGGUAAGAAUGUCAAAAAUACCUAAUGAUGUUAGUUGAAAUGAUACAUUUACUAUGUGUUGAUAGCAUAGGGUUUACUGUAUUAGAUUUUGCUGUCGAAGGUCUCUGAAGGUAUGGUUUACGUUUAUCUUUGUAACAUAACUUGCAUGUUUUUUCUAAAUAAUGUAUUUCCUUUUGCAUAUUUGCACAAUGGUCAUUUAUCAUUUUGGCAUGGGUCUCAUAUGGUAUAUGGUAUAUGGGACCAAUGUGGAUCCGUUAUGGAUCCCAGAUCUUAUAACCCAUGUGGGACCUUGUCCGAAACAUUGUAGCUGCCCAUGUAAUUGAUUCCGGAUCACUAUGGACUGUGUUUUCUCUUGAUCUAUUGCAUUUCCAGGUCACUUCAUUACAGCUUCUUUGUAAAGGCAUUCUGUAAAGUAGAAAAAAUAAUGUUAGUCUGAGCACAUGUCCAUAAAAAUCAUGACUAUUUUCAAAAUAUCAUGACAUAUUUUGUAAGCAUUUUACAUGUUUUUAAGAAAAUGAAUGACUAAUACAAGAUUACAAAGAAAACCCAACACGAAAGUUAGAUUUCUACAGAAAAAGAAAACGGUAUUAACAUAUCACGAAAGUAUAAAGAAAUGCUUUUUCGACUUUGGACAUAUCUACGUUAUACAUUCGUCCAGACCAAGCCUAGAUAUAGCCCAUAAGGGUCCCAUAUAGGCUUGCCUACAUGGGUCGUGAAAACAUAUGAAAAAACCAAUCUUUCAGAGUAUUUAUCAAAGUUGUUUCGUACAUUUUAAACAAAAAACACUUCAUUUGGCUAUUUAAAAUCAUUAAAACUCUUACCUGUUUAAGGACUGCGAAAACUUCUUGCUGAAAUGAUAAAUCUAUAAACAAACCAGCCUGAGUCCAAUAUGGGACCCAGAUGGGACCCUUCGUUGAAACGUGUUUCUUCUGAGACCCCCAAAAAAUAUACAAAUGUUCGAAGAACACUUAAAAAGUGAAAUUCUAUACUGGUGACACCACUUAUAAACUUAAAAUGAAUACAUUUGUAAUUCACAUCGCUGGGACAUUAUAUAUGGGUCCAGUGUGGGCAAAUACUUACAAUAUGGGUCCCAUGUGGGACCCAUAUGAUACAUUUGCCAAGAUAUAGCCCAUAUGGGCCCCAUAUAAGCUUGCGUGCUGGGAUAUUACUAAAACACUGUCUUAUUUUUACGGAAUAAUAUAUCAUGGUAUAAAGGCAUGUAACUUGUUUUUAAAUACCUGAAUGCGCUGUUGGAAUAACAAUUUUAACAUGAUAUGCUUUGCACAAGUAGUGGUGUAUAUGCUCGAAGACUGUUAAUUGUCAUUAAUUUGUAUAUAUGUAUGUAGACUUAUUUGCUCUGCCACACAACGAAAAGUGGUACAUAUCUUAAGGAUAACAUGAUGUAAUACCCAUAUUUCAUAUCUUGUAACUGGAUGGUAAUAUUUAAAUGAAAUUUUGUCUCUUUAAAGACAUUCAAAAUUAAAAACUUUUCACCAAGAGAUUUUUCAAAUUUUGUCAUUUUGGGGGGAGAUAAUCGGUAUUGAAGUUAACAUUGAUGCCUAUGGGAAAUAUAUAACUUCUUUGAUUAUGAGAAUCUGAACUCGAGUUUCGAGAAAAAUUUGCGGUAGAAAGCUGCAUUAUAUGAUUUUGAUACAAAUAUCAAAAAGAAAUCUAAAAUUCCCCGUAGGGAAAAGGAGAAAAUCAUUUUUUUCUAGUUUUCAGGGGAGAUAUUUCAAGAAAAACCAAAAUUAUCAGGAGAGGUAAUCUAAAGGAAUUUUUUGAGAACUUCUGUCAUUAUAUAACUUGUCAAUAUGUACCUUAUUUCUAUCGUUUGACAUUUUUAAAGCUUACAUUAUCAAGUUGUAUGUACGCUUUUGGUGAAAUUGAGGCCUAUUACACCAUGUUAUCCUUAGUGUGUCCUGAUGUGUGAAAGUCAGUUUAAUUCGACCUGUGCGAAACUGUAUACAUUUGUGCCACAGUUUAAAGCCUGUAAUGACACUCGAAAAUGUCUGUGUGAUUGGGCAUUCUCUUUUGGUAAUUCGGAAAUGUUUAGACGUAAAUGUAUCUCAAUACUCACACUGCUUUCAAUAAAAACCAGAGAAUGGCUUAACCGUAUAACCGAGAAUACGAAACUUGCCAAUUGCCGCUUCGAGUCCCUUACCUUACUAUAAAGAAUACCUUGAAUCUGUACCUUUUGUUUUUGAAGCUUCACGUUGUAAUUUGUAAGAUUUUCCUUUUGUACAAGGUCAAAGUGACUCAGCCUAAGCCUUGCAUCAUAUCGUCCAUUGCAAACAAAUUUCUGAUCAUGACAAUAUUUGCAGUUUCUCAUAUUAUAAAAUUAUAAAUUACCUGUUUUGUUAAUCUCAUAAAGUUUUAAAAAAAUAUGGCACACAAACUUGAUCUUUUGAACACCCUCCCUCAUAAUUCUGUUUAAAAUCUUUGUAUGUUUUUGUUACGUUUUUUAACUUGUUUUGCUACACCAGUACAUGCAUCAGUACUGAAGGAAACAGUCGUUUUACCAAGAAAUAAGUACAUCUAGCAAAACAGUUAUUUUUUAUGUUAGACCGCAAAACAAAUCGCGUUAAGUGGGACAUCAUACAUUACAGAUAUUAUGUAGAUUAAAUUCAUAGCCAACAAUUAAAGAGCUAGGUUUUUGUGCAUGGAUGUCGUUUAUGUUAAUAGCACGUCAAAUGUUAAAAGUAAAUAAUGCUUAACAGUAUUUUUCUUGUGCCAAUUGGUGAAAUAGUAUAUGUAUGAUCUUCUUCUACAAGAUGCUGACAUUUUCAUCACUAAUUAGUUGUUUAAUGUAAACCAGAAUAAAAGAGGAUUAUGAAUAUUGAAUUAUUCUUUCAAUCAGUUUAUUUUAUGGACUGUUUUUUGUGUUAUUAGCUAUCAAAUAUUUUACGCAUUUUCACAAAUAUAAAGUAAUGUAUAAUAGACAAUCGCAAUUGUUUUAGAAACUAGAUUUUGACAAAUAUUCGGGUUUAGAAACAAUCAAUAAUAAUGAGGUAAAACAUGUUUUAAAGACUGAUUUCUGUCGUUUGUUCCUUCUGUGAGUAAUAAGAAAGAAUAAUAAAACAAUCUUGUUGCAAAAUUUUAAAAAUAGCGCUCUUAGUCUGAUCACUAAGUUGUUCCUAGUUGUUUGGGUCACAUGAUAUAUUACUUUUAAUAUUACGUACGAACGUAAGAACGAUAUUAUCUCUUUCAUGAAUUUUGCGCUUAUGUUAUUAUCGAAUAAUAUUAUAAUGUAAAUUUGCACCGCAUGCGUCUGUUUAACAUAUCAGCCUGUUGAAAUUCUAUACCACAAAGUUCAACCUUGGGAUACGAUAUAAUUUCUUAAGUCAUACUUAAGCGUAAUUAUGAAAUGUGUAAAUCAGUAUCUAUCAUUUACUAGUUCGUAUGUGGAAAAAAGGAGUAAUUUGCGGGAUAACUGAAGGUAAAUUUAAAUUUUAAUUAAAGUCAGUCUGCCGAUUCAUUGUUUCAGAAAAGAGAAUAUGUAUAUCAACGCAUUGAAUUUAAUGGUAUAUUUUUGUAAUUCAUAUGUACAUAUUUUGAAAUUUAGUAUAAGUUUACAUCUUGUCUUUUCUGUGAAUUGUUUAAACAUGAGCAUAGAGUAUAUCUGGUAGUAUCAAAGUGCAAAGUAUCAAAUAUGUUUUCCACUGGUACUGGACUACAAAGUAGGCAAUAUUAGGUUGAAACCGUCGUAAAGAAAUUAUAUAAAAUGAAAACGUUUAUAUCAUACAUGUAUGGUUUAUUGUACUGUCUUUAUCGUAACAACCCGCAAGAGAAACAAUAACCUAUUUGAGUGAUAUCACUUCAAAUGACAACUAAUUAAGGCUGGAUCUUUUCAUCACCAACGUAAAUGGAUGUAGAGGAUCAUUGAACAGUCUCCGGAUUUACUUUGCAAAUCGGAUUUCGCAAGCUCAGCUACCUUUAUGUGAUUUUUUGACAUCUAACUAUAGUUCGGGUCUCAUAGAGAAAUUUUACAUAUCUCAAACAAUGAACUCUUGGAACAACUUCAAAGUCCUCUCAUGGGAGAAUUUUUCUCCCGUGGGGUUUUUGCUACACAAUGAGAGGUCCCACAGGAAGUUUUCUCCCACUUUAAGAAUUGCGGGAGAAAUCCCCAAUUGGAUUUGAACAAAAUUUCUGAAAUCCAUUGUUUAUCAUUGUUGUUAUUGUUGUUGUUGUUAUCAUUAUUAUUAUUAUUAUUUUAAGAAAGUUAGUUGUGAUAAAAACAAUUGUUGCGUAAACACCCGAUUCU